AUGAUUAGUCAUUUUAGUGUUAGACAUGAAAACUACAAAAAAGGUGGUGUCAAGAAAGCUUGCAGCACAGAAAUUAACCUAACUAUAACAGAAGAAGCUGAUGCCAUUGUGAAAAAUGUUGGGUUUCAAGAUUCUUCCAAGACAAGCGUAAAUAAUGACACUAUUAGAGAACAAGAAACACAUAGACAAAGUCAUGAAGGCGUUGGUGAGGUCAGGAUAGUAGAUAGCUUAUCAUCCAGGUCGCCAGGUUACCAAAAUCAACCAUUCAUUAAAGUUAUUGAAACAGAUAAAAACAAAGUUACAGCUCCAAAAUUAUAUACAUGCCAGAGUGAUAAUGAAAGUUCAGAUACUGAUUUGUUUAUGAAUAACACAGAACAGGAGGAUAAUAAUGUAGAUCUAUUGUCAGACUUGUCAAAUGAUAGCUGGAUAAUUGGUUCUUCAAAAUCUGCUCAAAGGAUCUCAAAACAUAGUGAAGACAACAGUAGAAGUCUACGAAAUGAAGUAUCCUCUAGUAAUCGGUUACGUAGAAUAUCUGAAAAAAUGUGUGUCAGAUUUGAGAGAGAUACAUGUAUUACUAAUAUUGAGACUGAUAGCAAAUCCUCACCGUUGGCUUAUGAGUACAGGGAAUACUGUAGUUCACCCAAUGGUGAUAGUGACUUCCUAGAAGUUUGUGUGAAUGAGCAGUUUGAUGUUAGAGAAGUGGGAUCUGUUAAAAGAGACAUUGAUGUUGAAAUGGUAACAUCAAGCUAUGAUGAGGCAGGUCAAAUUAGGUAUUCAAAUCCAUCCAAUCGGAAGCAAGAUGAAAUUGCAAUGUCACCUGAGCUGAUUAGUGAUGAUGAUGAGGAUAAUAUCAUCACUUCUAAAAAUGGCUACCACUCUCAUGAAGGAGAAGCAAAUGCUGUAAAACACCCACAAGAGCUUAUUUCAAACACUUUGAUGGAUUUUACAACUGACACAUCUGGAGAUGAUCUUCCAAGUGUUAGCUUCUCCACUCAUCAACUUCGUACAAGCCGGCAUUCACAUUUUGAUCAAUCCACAGAUCAAAUUGUAAUUCUGGAUGGCACCAAGAAUGCAGUCAUCAAUCUUAACUCACCUGAACCAAUCAGUCCAGUAUUUGGAAAAAGGAAGAUGUUUACGGAUCAGACUUCAACAAAAUGUAUCCGGUUAAAUUAUGAUUCUGAAUCCAAGGACACCACUAUUAGCAAUGAUCCUGUAGCAGUACCCAUCUCCAAGAAAUCUAAGUUUAAAUUUAAGAUGAGAGAUAAAUCACAGACUACAAGUAGACCAGUGGCAAAUGUUGAAAAUAGUGAAUCAAAAACUAAUAAAGACAAUUUUUUUACUAAUGAUGCCGCUUCAAGGUAUCAACUAAAGCCAAAGAAGAGGUUUUCACAACUUUGGGUAAAAAACAUCAACCAAACUUGUUCCAAGAAGAAAAAAAGCUUGUUCAGUUUUGGAAUAACAGGAUGUAAAAAAGAUGAAGAAAGGAAAGUUGCCAAGGAAAUUGAAACCAUCAAUCUGUUGGAUGAUGAGUAUGAAUCAGAACUUGAGGAAGGCGUCCUCAAAGUUAGAAACAUAGAUGGAUUGAAUUUAGAAGCGAUUGCAUUCAUAGUCUGGAAAAACCAGCAAUAUCUAAGAGACAUUUUCCAAGGAAAGAGUCAUUUUAGUGUUAGACAUGAAAACUACAAAAAAGGUGGUGUCAAGAAAGCUGAUUUAGACUUUAAAGUGCCUCUACAUAUGUUUUCCGAUGAGCAAGUUGAGACUGUUAUUGAAAUACUGGUAAAAAUAUUUUGCUCCAGGGGUACCAAGUACUGGGAUUAUGUCAUGAAAGUACUUUUAGCCGAGGCCCUUAUCAAGAUAUACAUGGAUAUUCAUCACAUCAAUUACAAUGAAGCUCAAGAAAUAAUUGAUAAUAUGAAGAAUUCACAAGAAUAUCUACAGUGACACCCAACCUUUUGAUCUUCAAUAUUAUGGAUUCUCAAGAAUCAACAAUUUGCACUGAAUUUGACAGUUUUACUGAAGGAUUCCAACUUUAAAUCCAAUGAUUUUGAUGAGCAGCAAUAAAUACUGUACAAGUGAUGGCAUUCUGUAAUAAAGAGACAAAAUAUAUUACUGUAUCUAACAAAA